CAUAACCUGUAUACAUCAUGGUACGCAAAAAAGAAUUGAGAAUAAAUAUGUUUGUGUUUUGUUUCAGAUGAAGUGACAGUAGGACAGAUGAACUCUAUGGCUCCAAACUCUUGGGGCUGACAAGAUGACGUCAGCUAGUCUUUUGGUCUUCUGCUCCGUGUUAACUAGGACGCUAUGCGUUAUUGCUCCUCAGAUUCCAGACUUCAAAACCGGUGACAAGAAGGUCAUCACCGGUCCUUUCUGGCGGGAGGUCUUCACGGAGACGUAUGAGGACCACGAGGAGGACCUGUCUACAACCACUUCCGAACCCUUACCUUUCUUCGAGGACGAUGCUUCCACAAAUAACGUGACGGCCCAGUUGGGGAGCCGCGUGCAUCUGCAUUGCAGGGUCCAUGAUUUGGGGGAGAAGACGAUAUCCUGGGUCCGUCGCCGGGGUGACGAGCUCCAUCUUCUCUCCUUCGGCCGUCACACUUACUCUGCAGACUCCCGCUACUCUCUAGCCUUCGAACAUCCCAACGAUUGGCGACUCCUGAUACAGUACGUGAGUGAAAGAGACGAAGGAUUCUACGAGUGCCAGAUAUCUACGCACCCGCCGCUUGUUAGAAGAGUACAUCUUACUGUAGUUGUUCCAAAAGUCGAGAUAGUCGACGAAAGAGGUCGGCCUCUCCAGGACAAGUUCUACAAAGAAGGCUCUAUCAUAGAGCUGAGGUGUGUGGUGAGUGAGGUGCCGCAGCCAACGAGACAAGUCAACUGGAAACACGGAUCCAGACUGCUGAACUAUGAUACGAAGAGAGGUGGAGUCAGUGUAAAAACAGAAGCGACAUCCAACGGCGCUCUGUCGCGACUCUACAUAGCGAACGCCAAUAGAAACGACUCUGGAAACUACACGUGCUCACUGGCCGACGUCGCGGCGUCCGCCGUGUCUGUGCACGUGCUGAGAGGCGAAAACCCGCUCGCGAUGCAACGCGGCGGCGCUGCGGCCUGCUCCGAUUCAUUGCUGGCGAUACUCGCCGCGUUCGUCAGCUGACACAUAGCCAGCGCGCAUUGGACGCGCUAUACCGUGUAAUCUAUCGUCUAGUCACAAUUACUACAUUUGUAAACGCUAGAGUAAUCUUUCUGUCGGUACCCGCGGUUGUACUUUUAAUCUUCGUGUAUUUGAAUACCUGUGUACAUAUUUUACUGAUAUUUCGUAUAUUGAGGACUGGUUAUACCAAAGAGUUUGCACAAGUUCGAAAAAUUGAUAGCUUAUCAAAAUGAGCCAACCGUUUCAUAGACAUGUAGGUCUUGUUGUCACUGGAAAAAAUCUUAUUCACAAUUGGAUAUAAUUUAAGUAAAUACUGUUAAGAACAUUUAUUCACUAAAAUACUUUUAAACUUAAAAAAGUCAUUUAAAAAAUGUUUAAAUUUAAACUUUCAUUUCAAGUUUAUCUCCACCAUCCCUCCCCUAUUGAGAACUUCAACCCACAACUUGAUCGAAUCCAAUAAACGCUAUUUUUAAAAAGUAUAAAAAAAUCAGCCCUCAAUUUGUCCUU